AUGCCAGAGAUCGAGAUUGUCGCCGACGGCGACGACAACAGCAACAACAACGCCUUGUUCGGCAAAUACGAGCUCGGCAAGCUUCUCGGAUGCGGCGCCUUCGCCAAGGUCUUCCACGCUCGAGAUCGCCGUACCGGCCAGAGCGUCGCCGUCAAAAUCCUCAACAAGAAGAAGCUCCUCGCGAACCCAGCCCUCGCCAACAACAUCAAGCGCGAGAUCUCGAUCAUGAGACGUUUGGCUCACCCAAACAUCGUCAGGCUCCACGAGGUAAUGGCGACCAAGGCUAAGAUCUUCUUCGCCAUGGAGUUUGUUAAAGGAGGAGAGCUUUUCAAUAAGAUCUCUAAAUACGGCCGCCUCAGCGAAGAUCUCAGCCGUAGGUAUUUCCAGCAAUUGAUCUCCGCCGUCGGUUAUUGCCACGCUCGCGGCGUUUACCACCGCGAUCUCAAGCCGGAGAAUCUCCUGAUCGACGAGAACGGGAAUCUCAAGGUCUCCGAUUUCGGUCUCAGCGCCUUGACGGAUCAGAUCCGAUCCGACGGUCUCUUGCACACCUUGUGCGGUACGCCGGCUUACGUGGCGCCGGAGAUUCUCUCGAAAAGGGGAUACGAAGGGGCCAAGGUCGAUAUCUGGUCUUGUGGCAUCGUCUUAUUCGUCCUCGCCGCCGGUUAUUUGCCGUUUAACGAUCCGAAUCUGAUGAACAUGUAUAGGAAGAUUUACAAAGGGGAAUAUCGAUGCCCUAGAUAUAUGUCUCCGGAUCUGAAACGAUUCAUUUCCCGUCUCCUCGACAUCAAUCCCGCAACCAGAAUCACCAUUGAUGAGAUCCUGAAGGAUCCGUGGUUCGUGAAAGGCGGUUUACAACCGAUUAAAUUCCACGACGAGGUUGAUCAGGAUUCCGAUUUGGUCAAGGGAAAGGAAGAUCCUGCAAAUCAGGGAGGAGGAGGAGAAUCGGACGCGGUGAAGAGUCUAAACGCGUUUGAUCUGAUUUCUUACUCGUCGGGAUUAGAUCUCUCCGGUUUGUUCGCCGGUUGCAGCAAUUCGAUGGGAGAAUCAGAGAGGUUCCUCUCGGAGAAAUCGCCGGAGAAUCUAACGGAGGAAGUGGAGAAAUUCGCAAAUGCAGAGAAGCUGAGGGUGACGAAGAAGAAGGAGGAAUGUGGGUUCGAAAUGGAAGGGCAAAACGGGAAAUUCACAAUCGGAAUAUACAUUUCGCGGCUGAACGAUUUGCUCGUUGUGGUGGAGGCAAGGCGGAGAGGUGGCGACGCCGAUUGCUACAAGGAGAUGUGGAAUAACAAACUCAGGCUUCAACUUAUCCGCGUUUGCGAUCAAACGCCAACCGCAACAAUUUAA